AUGCUGGAGUCAGUAACUCAGAGCAUGUUUCUGACAAACACCAUGGUUUGUGAUCCCCUGAUGCCUUGGACAGCGUUAUUUGGGACAACCAAAGAUGACUAUACCACCUGUGAUCAUCAGAAAGGGUCUUAUUCUUUCUGGACAUCCAUCCACCCAGAAUAUUGGAGUAAGCACAACGUCUGUGAAUGGUUGCAGUUUUGCUGUGACCAGUACAAACUAGAUGCCAACUGCAUUUCCUUUUCCCACUUUAAUAUCAAUGGCUUACAGCUGUGCAACAUGACCCAGGAAGAGUUCCUAGAUGCUGCAGGCAUUUGUGGUGAAUACUUGUAUUUCAUCUUACAGAAUAUCAGGAUGCACGGCAUUUCCUUUUUUACUGAUGCAGAAGAAACAAAGCCAUCCCUUAAGGACAGUGACCUUUUGACCAAGUUGCCACCAGAAUCAGGAGUUCCUUCUUCACUUCUCACGUUAUUCUGCAGUUCGGUCCCAGCCCGUGAGAAGGCAUGCAUGAGGGCAGGUAGCAUCAACGGCCAAGAAUGUCACAGUCAUGGUAGAACAAACCUGCAGAAUUCUCAUUUGUGGGAAUUUGUAAGAGAUCUGCUCCUUUCCCCUGACAAAAAUGGUGGCAUCCUGGAAUGGGAAGACAGGGGACAAGGCAUUUUUCGGGUUGUUAAAUCAGAAGCUCUGGCAAAGAUGUGGGGACAAAGGAAGAAAAAUGACAGAAUGACAUAUGAAAAAUUGAGCAGAGCUCUCCGUUACUAUUAUAAAACUGGCAUUUUGGAACGAGUGGACAGAAGGCUGGUGUACAAGUUUGGAAAGAAUGCCCAUGGAUGGCAGGAGAACAAGAUAUGA